GGGAGUCACAAAUCACAUUGAGCCUAAAAGCAGCCAGUGUUUUCUGCAGUUACAAACAAAAUGAAUAUUCCCAUGCUACUGCAACAUUCUCACCGGCGUUUCCUAAAAGGCCUUUUAAGAACACCUUUCCGUCGUUACCACUUCAUCUUUCACUCAAGUACUCAUCUCGGAUCAGGAAUCCCUUGUGCUCGGCCAUUUAAUUCUCUUGGACUCCAUUGUACAAAAUGGAUGUUGUUGUCAAAUGGUUUAAAGAGAAAAUUAUGUGUACAAACAACCUUAAAGGAACACACAGAAGAACUUUCUGAUAAAGAACAAAGAUUUGUGGAUAAACUUUAUACCGGUUUAAUCCAAGGGCACAGGGCCUGCUUAGCAGAGGCCAUAACUCUUAUAGAAUCAACACACAAGAGGAAAAAAGAGUUAGCCCAGGUGCUUCUUCAGAAAGUAUUAGUCUACCACAGAGAACAAGAACAAAUAAAUAAAGGAAAACCACUAGCAUUUCGAGUGGGAUUAUCUGGGCCCCCUGGUGCUGGAAAAUCAACCUUUAUAGAGUAUUUUGGAAAAAUGCUUACUGAGAGAGGGCACAAAUUAUCUGUGCUAGCUGUGGACCCUUCUUCUUGUACUAGUGGUGGAUCACUCUUAGGUGAUAAAACCCGAAUGACUGAGUUAUCAAGAGAUAUGAAUGCAUACAUCAGGCCAUCUCCUACCAGCGGUACUUUAGGAGGUGUGACAAGGACCACAAAUGAAGCUAUUCUGUUGUGUGAAGGAGGGGGAUAUGACAUCAUUCUUAUUGAAACCGUAGGUGUGGGCCAGUCGGAGUUCGCCGUUGCGGAUAUGGUUGACAUGUUUGUUUUACUACUGCCACCAGCAGGAGGAGAUGAAUUGCAGGGUAUCAAAAGAGGUAUCAUUGAGAUGGCAGACCUGGUGGCUAUAACGAAAUCUGAUGGAGACUUGGUUGUGCCUGCUCGAAGGAUACAGGCUGAGUAUGUGAGUGCACUGAAGUUACUCCGCAAACGCUCAGAAGUCUGGAGACCAAAGGUAAUUCGUAUCUCCGCCAGAAGUGGAGAGGGCAUCACUGAAAUGUGGGAUAAGAUGAGAGAGUUCCAGGACCUCAUGCUCGCCAGUGGGGAGCUGAUGGCCAAGCGGCAGAGGCAGCAGAAAGUUUGGAUGUGGAAUCUCAUUCAGGAAAGCGUGUUAGAACAUUUCAGGACCCAUCCCACUGUCCAGGAACAGAUUCCUGUUCUGGAAGAAAAGGUUCUUAGUGGGGCCCUGUCCCCAGGACUAGCAGCAGAUGUGUUGUUGAAAACUUUUAAAAGCAGAGGCUAAGGAAAUUUAUCCUAUGCAACGAUUUUAUAUAUCAUUUCAUAAAGUAUUUUAAUAUUAAAAGUCACUUGAAUGCUUAUAUUUUCAGUAAUUCUUUUGUGCUGCCCUCGGCCUCGUUUGUGAACCGUGCUUGAA